AUGGGAGUGAAGCAAGAUCUCGUUAGUAUUGCACACUAUUGCGAUCGCAAUCCAGAGGAGUCGGGGGUAUGCUUUUUCACAAACUCAGGAUCUGAGGCGAACGAUCUUGCUCUGACUCUGGCCCGAGUUCAUACAGGUCGAUUCGAUUUGCUGUCUAUGCGUAAUGGAUAUCACGGUAUGACGCAGGCUGUAAUUGGAGCGACAAAUAUUGGAACUUGGAAACAGCCAAUGCCAUCAGGUUUCGGCGUUCUGAAGGCGAUGGCAGCCGAUCCGUAG